AUGUCUUCGUUGGGAGAACAACAAGCUGUCCAACAUUUCAUCCAUGUCCAUCCAGUAACGAAGGUUGAAGGGUUUGGCGGGUUCAAAUGCAAUGGCUGCAAAACCUACGGCUUUGGGAAGACGUACCGUUGCAUACCUUGCAACUACGAUCUUCACGAGUACUGCGCCACGUGUCCCCCUACCCUCCUCAGCUUUCUGCACCCAGAGCACGAGCUCCAGUUAGUCUUUAAAGGACCAGCGCAGACGCCCCAGGACAGACGUGGCUGCAACAUCUGCCACGAACUAGCCGAGGGGCUCUAUUACCAGUGCGAGCCUUGCGGCUUCGAAGUGCAUCCACUUUGCUCACAGCUGCCUAAGAAAGUGACCCACGUGCCUCACCGGACUCAUCCCUUAGAGCUGAGUCAUAUGGGAGCAAGCAACAUGUGCAUGGUCUGCCAGGGUGCGAUCCGGUCUUGGCGGUACAAGUGUGGUCCAUGCCGGUUCGAUGUUCACAUGGCAUGUGUUAAUUCGUCUGCUUCAGCGGCGAGAAGCAUUCAGCAAACGAGUUCCGGGCCGCAAGCGUGUGUUCCACCUUCGCAGUAUCACCAACCUUGUCACAAUCAUGUAUGUGGGUGCGGACAUACAAAUCAAGGAGAGCAACAGUCGGGUUCGAGCACAGGACAGACAAUGUUCAGCACUUUGUUGUCUCUAUCGGUUGAGUGUAUCCCCGAUCUGAUCAGUAGUACGGCUUGCGCAGCCCUUACCGGCGGCUGUUGA